AUGGAUUAUAGAUCUAAAUUGAUGGCUUCGGUAACAGAUGCCAGAUACAGGCAGAAAGAUACUUCAGAUCAAAAUUUUGAUUACAUGUUCAAACUCCUGAUCAUUGGCAACAGCAGCGUGGGCAAAACAUCCUUCCUCUUCAGAUAUGCUGAUGACACUUUCACACCAGCCUUCGUUAGCACAGUAGGAAUUGACUUCAAAGUGAAAACUGUUUAUAGGAAUGACAAGCGGGUGAAGCUGCAGAUCUGGGAUACAGCUGGACAAGAAAGAUACAGGACCAUCACUACAGCCUACUACCGAGGAGCCAUGGGCUUUGUCCUCAUGUAUGAUAUCACCAGUGAAGACUCCUUCAACGCAGUGCAGGACUGGGCCACACAAAUCAAGACUUACUCCUGGGACAAUGCCCAAGUGAUCCUGGUGGGAAACAAAUGUGACAUGGAGGAUGAAAGGAUUGUUCCUGUGGAGAAGGGGAAACAUCUGGCAGAUCAGCUAGGUUUUGACUAUUUUGAAGCUAGUGCCAAAGAAAACAUCAACGUGAGGCAGGUGUUUGAGCGGCUCGUGGAUAUAAUCUGUGAAAAGAUGUCAGAGAGUAUAGAAUCGGACCCUUCCAGGGGCACUUCUGGAAGGAUCAUGCGACUCACAGACAACCCACCCCCCUCGCAGCGGAAUUGCUCGUGCUAGUGACCUUUCUCACCGAGAAAUGUCCUCCUCCUUUCCUGACUAAUUUUUCUCUUUUCAUUUGUGGUGGUGUGUUUAUGGUGUAGUCCAAAGGCAGAAGUCUCUGUUGUAGGAAA